UUUGUACGCCAUCUUUUAUUGAAAUUUAACUGCAGCUGUCAAAAUGAAGGAACACUCAUUUUUCCUCUGACGGCAAAAAUAUAGGAUCUAUAUUUCAUCUUUGUUAAAAUUUGUGUAAACUAAAUCAAUAAAAGGCAGUCAUCCCCACCGACUAACCGAAGGCGAGCGUCGUUCUAGGGAUCUUUGCUGCUGACCGCUGUGUGUCGCCCGAAAAUCGGCUCAAAGCCUAUAAAAGUACUUAAUAUCGCGCCAAACUCCGGGCGACCUCUGUGAAGAAAGUUUUUGAAAAUAUACAAGAUCGUCAAUAAAAAAUUGAAGGAUGUCUGCAACAAUAGAUGAAGAUUCAGAUGGACAAGAUUUGGACACCAUCAUACACUCAAUAAAUAAAGAAAUUGAAGAAGUAACGCUUUGCUUAACUAAUGGGUUAGGUGGUGAUGAGGAGGCUGAGGAGUCAGUAAGAUUAUCUCAAGAUGGAGAUAAUAAAGAAGGUGAAGACAAACAAUACUACCUGGAUGAGGGCGGAAAUUUGUUUUUAACAUUAACUUCAAGCAAGUCGGAUAAUGUGCCGAGCAGCACCAAAAGAAAGGCAAAGCCUUUACUGGGAAUGCAGACUAAGCGAAAGGCUGUUAAAAGCAGUACGACUGUCAGCAGUGGCAAGCUUAAUAUUGAAGAAAAAUAUAUGGUUUAUAUUCCAUCUGAGAGUAUUAAAACAGAAAAUGAGCAAACUGUUGACGAUCCUGCUGCGGUUGAUGAAAUCUAUGAAUUCGAUGAAUUGGAAGAGCAAAGUGGAUCUCAAGAGGAAGAAGGUGUGCAGUUGUCGCUAUUAAAAGUGUUCCCGGUAAAAAAUAAAGAUUCUUCCGCUGGUGGUUCAGUCCAAUACUCAUGUCCACAUUGUGAUAAUAAAUUCGAUAGACGAUUUUUGUUAUCCCGACACAUGAAAAGCCAUUCAGAUGAUCGUCCAUUUAUUUGUUCUGUAUGCGAUCGGGGUUUCAAAACCAAUCAUACCUUACAAAAUCAUAUUAACGUGCAUCUUGGCAAGAAACCACAUGCUUGUUUGUCAUGUGAAAGUCGUUUCACGACAACCGGCGAUUUGGCAAGGCAUGUACGCUAUAAACACACGCAUGAGAAACGUCACAAGUGCACCGAAUGCGACUACGCUACGGUUGAGAUGAGUAAGCUGCAGCGGCACAUGCGGGCCCACACCGGCGAACGUCCAUAUCAGUGUCCACAUUGCACUUACGCUUCACCGGAUAGCUUUAAAUUGAAGCGACACUUGCGUACACACACAGGUGAAAAACCAUAUGAAUGUGAUAUUUGUAAAUCGCGCUUUACGCAAUCAAACUCAUUGAAAUCGCACAAACUCAUACACAGUGUGGAUGAUAAGCCAGUCUUUCAAUGUGCAUUAUGCCCAACGACUUGCAGCCGCAAAGCGGAUCUGCGGAUACACGUUCAAAAGCUGCAUCAUUCGGAUCAUCCCAUACCAUGUACCAGAUGUGGCAAAGAAUUGCCCGAUCGUUAUAGCUAUAAGAUGCAUGUAAAAACGCACGAAGGAGAACGCUGUUACAGUUGCGAUCAGUGUAAUUACAAAUCGAUUUCCAUGCGUAAUCUGGAGAUGCACAAGCAAAUACAUAGCGAUGUCAAACCAUUUGGGUGUGAUGAAUGCGGACAAACAUUCCGACAGAGGCAAUUACUCAGUCGUCAUACAAAUCUUUAUCAUAAUGAAAACUACACACCGCCACCAAAGCUCAAAAAGACACAUAAUUGUCCAUAUUGUAGUAGAGCAUUUGCGCACAAAGGCAAUUUGGUGCGACACAUGAAAUUACAUGACGCGGCAGAUAAAGAAUCGAAAACCGACAGAAUUGUCAAACUCGGCGAUGAGAAUUUAUUCGAUAUAGUAGAUCCAUAUGUGUCCGACGUGAACGACGAAAACGACGAGAACGACGAAAACAACGAUAACGACGACGAAGCGACCAACGAUGAAAAUUUCGAAGUAUUUGGUGUUAUAGAAGAGGUCGAAAAGAGUGAAAACGAUUUCACUAUAGAAACGAUUGAACCGACCACUAGUAAGACGCACGUACCGAACAAAAGUACAGCAGCGACAGUGAUAUCUAAGGGCAAAGGAAAGGGGAAAAAUAUAGAAAUUAACGUAGAAACCACAGGAAAUGGGGAUGAAAACAGCGCAGAGGAUGAUGUGAGUGAUUUGCCUAGCUAUAUGGUGGUGAAAGUUCUAGAAACUGACGAUGAAUUGGAUGACGAUGACGGUGAGGGUGAAUGUGUCAUUUUAACAAAUAUAGACAACAUUACAGAUGAGAAAGCUGAUGGUCCAUCCAAACUAGAUGUGGAUGAAUGUUUCGGUUUUGAAGAGGACUCUGAUAAUGUUAAUGAUAUAGAGGAGUCCAUUUUGCUUGAUAUCAUCGAGGAAAAUUAAGGCGAAAGCAUAGUUUUCAAUAUAUUUUUAAGAAAAUAUAUGUAUUCUUAUAUGUAAUUCCUUUUGUAUUAUACAAUAUGUAUGUAAUAUAACAUUUUCGUGUAUCUAUACAUACGUACUAUAUAUACUGAUAUUCUCGCAAAAAUGACGUCAGUGCCAAAAUUAAAUUUUAACGAAGGUUUUUUUUAUAGUUUAUAUAAAUGUGGAUUGGCGGAUUUCCUUAUAUAAUCAAUAAUAUAAGAAUUAAGUCUUAAAAUUUGAUUUGACCAAAAACUACUGUUUUGGCGCUUACGUCGCUUUCAUGUGAAGGGUAUUUUUGUAGAUGCUUUUAAUAAACCAAAAUAUACGCAAAUGCGUACGAAAGAAAACUGCUGCACGAAAUAAAUAUGCCAUACAACCAAAGCAAUAUAA